CACGAUACAGAAAUAAAUACACAUGUAGAGGCGGCUGGCCAGUGGGAGCUAACAGGGCUUAGCUGAGCUGCCUUGGUGUGUCAGUGAGGGCUGACCGGCUGCCAGACGCUGCUUUAGCUGGGCAAACAGCUGAAGAAAGGACUGUGCCUGUGGCCCCGAGACCAUCUUGAAUUUUCCACCAGAUCUGGGAUUAUUCCUCAGCACCGGGACACAAAAUGACCAUGGUACUUGAGCUGAAGAAUGUGCUUCUGAGAGCUGGAGAUCAGCUGAAGGUGAAGGGAACAAUUCUGCAUGAUGCUGAGAGGUUCCAGAUUGACCUUGGCUGUGAUGCAGAUGACCUGGCGCUGCACUUUAACCCACGUUUCCAUGACGAUUCUGAUGGAGCCGUGCUCGUGUGCAACUCCAAGGCUUCUGGCUGCUGGGGUGAUGAGCAGCGGGAACUACACAACCCUCUGCAGAGAGGCGCGGAUGUCAAGAUUAUACUGAAGCUGGCUGGAGACAUGUUUGAGGUGGAGCUUCCGGAUGGACAGGAGGUUCACUUCCCCAACCGUGACGGCAUGGACAUCAUCAGCUACAUCAGAGUCACAGGGGAUUUCAAACUUACCUCCCUCAAGAUCUGCUAGGAGAGAGACGGUCUUCACACAUGCAUGCUCUAUUGAUCAGUUUAGUUAAUGACCUCAUUUACAAAGCUGUGUUAGUCAGUAUUAGAAACAACAACUAAUGAGAGAUCCAGUCUAUGAAUAAUUCCAGCUUGAAGAAUGUUUUAUUUAAAAAUGUGGAUCGGUAAUAUAAAAGGUGUAAACCCAAAUGGCUUUAUGUUGUCACUGAUGCAUCAUUUUCAUAACUGAUGAAAUAAUGUCUCUGAAACAUGUGCUUCUCAUACAGAAUAAAAGAGUGAGGUCUGCACACUGCUCAGCUCCCAGUAAAUAAUUGUAUUCUCCUUUUUGAGCCUCAAAAAAAGAGAAAAAGAGAACUGUCUUGCACCUGAAUGAUUUGCCUGGUUGUGCACACACUUGGUCUCCUCUUCUUCUUAUAAAGAAUAUAAUGAUUUACACUGACGUUACAUAUAAAUCCAGUUUGGUACAUGCAAAAAAUGACAGCAAAAAAACAAAAUAGAACAAAACCCUCACGUAAUAUAUACACCAAUAAGAAUAUCAAGGCUAACUGGAUUAAAUGAAAGUUAAGGUUCAACAUAGUUAAACACUGAAAAAAGGCCAUUUUUCUUAUCAUGGAUUAUCAAUUCUUAAAGAAAAACAUGUAACCUAA